AUGGGCGGGUGGUCAGCGCUGCUGGGGCUCCUGGGGCUGCUGGGGCUGAGCGGGCCGGCCGGCGCGGCCCCGGGGGGCCGGGCCUACCCGCACAGCCUGCUGCUGGACCGCCGGGGCCGCUACCGGCUCAGCUGGGGCCGGACGGGCAGCCUACUGGACGUGCGGCUGGAGGUGCGGACCGCCGGCUACGUGGGCUUCGGCUUCUCGCCCACCGGGGCCAUGGCCUCGGCCGAUAUGGUCCUGGGAGGAGUGGCCGGGGGCCGGCCCUACCUGCAGGAUUAUUUUACAGAUGCAAAUAGAGAAUUGAAGAGAGAUGAUCAACAGGAUUACCACCUGGAACAUGCCAUGGAAAAUAGUACACAUACAGUAAUUGCUUUUAGCAGAGAACUGCAUACUUGUGACAUAAAUGAUAAGACCAUAACGGAAAGCACUGUCAGAGUGUUAUGGGCCUACCAUCAUGAGGACAUCGGAGAGGCAGGCCCCAAAUACCAUGGGAUUAAUCGAGGGACCAAGAGCCUGCGCUUGUUGAACCCGGAGAAAACAAGUGUAGUGUCGGAGGUCUUGCCAAAUUUUGACUUGACCAAUCAAAACGUGCCGAUCCCAAACAAGAGCACAACAUACUGGUGCCAGAUGUUUAAGAUACCUGUUUUCCAAGAAAAACACCACGUGAUAAAGGUGGAGCCUCAGAUCCAGGAAGGCCAUGAGAGCCUGGUGCACCACAUUCUACUCUAUCAGUGCAGUAGCAGCUUUAAUGAGAGUGUUCUGGAUUACAGUCAUGAAUGCUAUCAUCCCAAUAUGCCAGAUGCCUUUCUGACCUGUGAGACUGUCAUCUUUGCCUGGGCCAUUGGCGGGGAGGGCUUUACGUACCCUCCCCAUGUCGGCUUAUCCCUCGGCACACCGGCAGAUCCUCAAUAUGUUCUUCUGGAAGUCCAUUAUGACAACCCAACAAAUCAGGACGGUUUAAUAGAUAACUCUGGUCUGAGGCUGUUUUACACCACGGAUUUAAGAAAAUAUGAUGCUGGAGUCAUUGAGGCAGGUCUCUGGGUCAGUCUCUUCCACAAUAUCCCACCAGGAAUGCCUGAAUUCAGGUCAGAAGGGCAUUGCACUCUGGAAUGCCUGGAAGAGGCACUGGAAGCUGAAAAGCCAGGUGGCAUUCACGUGUUUGCUGUCCUCCUUCAUGCCCACCUUGCAGGCAAGGGCAUCCGGAUGCGACAUUUUCGCAAAGGGGCAGAACUCAAGCUCCUAGCUUAUGAUGACGAUUUUGACUUUAACUUCCAGGAGUUUCAGUACCUGAAGGAAGAGAGGACUAUUUUGCCGGGGGAUAACUUAAUCACUGAAUGUAAUUACAGCACCAGAGACAGAAGUCGCAUGACUUGGGGUGGUCUGAGCACCAGAAAUGAAAUGUGCCUUUCAUACUUGCUGUAUUACCCAAGAAUCAACCUGACUCGAUGUGCUAGUAUUCCUGACAUUAUGGAGCAACUUCAAUUCAUUGGUGUUAAAGAAAUCUACAGACCAGUCACGACUUGGCCUUUUAUCAUCAAGAGCCCCAAACAAUACAGAAAUCUUUCUUUUAUGGACGCCAUGAACAAAUUUAAAUGGUCGAAAAAAGAAGGCGUCGCCUUCAAUGAACUCGUCCUCCGGCUGCCAGUGAACGUGAGGUGUUCAAAGACAGACAAUGCAGAGUGGUCGAUUCAAGGAAUGACGGCUCUCCCCCCAGAAGUGGAAAGACCAUAUAAACCAGAGUCAUUUGCCUGCCGGUCAUCCUCUCCUUUAUGCAGCACUCCCAUCCUUAAGUUGGGUGUGGUUUGGGGCAUUAUCAGUAGUUUAGUGGCGAGUACCGGGACCUUUGCAUUCUAACUUCCCUGCACUGGGUGAUGCUGUAUGGGCUGGGUCAGGACGCGGUUGCUUGCACUGUUUCUUCCUGUGAUGGCCCAACUGUACAAAUUCAAUUGGAGGGGUGGGCCAUGGUCAAAUUUGAGAAUUUUUAAUAGAGCAAACACUACUGUCCUAUCUCCACUAACCUUCCAGCCCAGAACUAAUCGACCCUGUCUGCUUCCCAUCCAUGGUGUGGGACAGCAUAGGAAGCCGUGACUUGAAACGGGCUGUCCUUGGUUCCUUUACCUUGGCAAGAAGGGACAGGAGUAUAUUCUAACCCUGAGGGCUAAUCCUCAAUUUUCAGGACUUUUGCUUACAUUUCAGCCUCUUUUAUGAUGGUUUAAAUAUCUUUCUGGACUCUUCUACCUUACAUUUUCUCUUUCAUUCUCUUUUAUUUUGGUUUUGAAAUGCCCUUCAUUUUACUUCUCCCUUUUUUUGUGAAUCUCCCCUUACCCAUUUCUCCAUUUGGUCUGUUCUUUGUUCUGAUCUCCUUUUCUCUAUCCUCCAUUGCACUUGCCUUGUUUUUUUUCCCCUGAUAUUCCAUCCAUGAAUUUUUCCAUUCCACCUAAAGGCUUCCCGUUCUGUCCAUUAAUUCUGCAUUCAGAGCACCAGCUUCUUUCAGGACAUCAUCACCCCAGCCAUAACCUCUUGUCCUCUUGCCCUUUCUUCCCCCACAUCCUCUCCAUGCACACCUCCCUCUCCUCCUGAACUGGACUUCCAUCUCCACUCCUGAGGAAGAACUGGCCUGCUGAGAUUUCCGUUAAGCCUCAUGGCCUCCCUGCCCUAGGUCUGAGAAGCACAGGAUUUAUGGUUGACCAGAGGGGUGAAGAAAACCGUCGUCUGAGUGCUACUGUCUAGCAGUUGAGGGGCAUGCUCCACAUUGGGCCUAUAGGUUGGAUAUUGGGACUGCGUGGGAGAGAAGUGGGUGAUAUAUCCAUCUAGAAGGAGAAAAGCUUGGCAUGUGAGUCACCAAGAGCCACCCCUGCUGCAUACUGGCUCAAUCUGAGCCCUGGUUGCCAUUGUAGAUUUAUUUUUUUAUAUAAAUAUAUAUAGUUAAACUAAUUUUGCUAGUUCAUAAUACAACCAAUUACCACUUACACUGACAAAUGUUUAUGGUGUUGAGACUUUGCCAUCCACCAAAAAUAUUCAGCAUCGAUAGCUUUCCAGAAAGUUUUACCACAUCUUACCCUGCCUCAUUUCAAUAUAAAAGUGACUAUUUGGGUAAUGUUAAUAAACUAAAUUUAAUUUAAAA